AUGCAUGGUGGACAUGCGACUGCUGCCCCCGCUAUGCCUAGUUUCGAUGUCCCUGGCGAGUUCUUGAGACAUGCUGUUCUAGAUACUGUUGUCCCACAUGCAUCAAACAUCGAUCUAGAAGCGGCGCUGACAUCUGCGCUCGAAGAGGGUGCAGAAGAUCUACCGUCUGUCCUUUCAUAUAUACCCCAGCGGUCCAUUUUGUUCUUUGAUGAAUUCUGCACCGCCCGCGUUGUCCUUAGACUCUCCAAUUGCUCCCAAAGCAGCUUAAAAUCACAUCUCCAGAACCUCGAUAUCCGCGUCGAUGUCUUUGCCAUUGACCCUGCGGAGGCUGUCGCGGAAAACCCAACGCCCACGCGGGACCUUAUCUUCUCAGGGGUUGUAGACACGCAGGCAGAUCCGCUGGUCGUUGUAAACGAGUUUGAAGGUGAAUCCGGAGAAGGAAACCAUAUAUAUGUUAUCUGGAACGUUGAGACUUUUCUCAAGCGCCCCCGUAUCCGCAUUCAACACCCCUCUAUAAUUUUCAUUGCCAACGCCAGCCUUAAUCCGGCGGAAACUCGACAUGAUGCUCGUGAAGACACAUACCUACCGUCUCUGGUUCCUGCUUCUACGAAUGUGCUGCAACCUCUCACGACAGACUCUGCCUUCGGUCACAAGGACCCUUUCCUUCCAGCUUCUAGGCUUUUGCGCGUCGUGCCCGCGAAAUAUAGUGAAGACCCUAUAUACAAUGUGCUACAAGAGUCGGGACAUCCGACACGGAUAGUGCCCGCUGCUAGUGCACGGAUACGUUAUUCUAGGCUGAAUUCGUUUUCCAGUCGACCGACAACCAUCGCGAACCUUGAUUUCGAAGUUACUCCUUUCUUGAAUUGUGAGGUGGUGUUUGACAGGGCAGAUCUUCGACUAUCGGAUGGGUCAAUCGAAAUACUGACAAAUGGGACUGGGCUUGUACCGCCCGUUACAUGCCACCCACGAGACGAUAUAACUUUGAUGUACAAGCUGACCCCGGAGUGUGGGCCAGACUCCAGGGAUUCGACUACGGUGCUUGUGAGCACGUUGGAAAUAUCUCUGGAAGCCGUUAUUAAUGUAUCAGAGAACUGUAACCCUCGGAUCAUGAUGCAAUGGACGACGAAUAUCGAUUUUUCGCUAGCGCUUAACCCAAAUUUUGGUGCUCCAAGCCAGGCCUUACAGCGGACUAACCGACCUACAAGUCUUUCAACUUUACCUAGUCAGGCUGGAACUGUACCUGGAGGAAAUCAAUCAAACCGAACGUCCUUAAGGGAGCGGGCGUAUUCUGCAACAGAAAGUAUGGGUGUGACCAUGUCUUUUACGGGUCCUCAGACUGUGGACGUCGGGAAGCCUUUCUCCUGGAGCGUUUUCAUCGUGAAUCGCUCCGCCACACCUCGAAAAUUCGCCAUGAUUGCCAUACCUCGACGGAAGGUAGCUAAUGCGAGAGGACAUGUAGCCCGGCCAUCAUCUUCGUCAAUGACAACUCGUCGUAGUGACCAAGUUGCGGAAGCAGUGACAGACGACAACAUCGUUCACGCCAUGCAGAAGAGUGUGGCUGGCCAAGAAGCGGAUCUUGUUUGCCUGAGCACGGACGUGCGAGUUGGUCCAUUACUGCCUGGAACUUGUUUUGAGACUGAUUUAAAGUUCCUCCCUCUGGCACUGGGCUCUUUACGGCUGGAAUCAGUACGCCUCAUUGAUGUAAAUACCAACGAAACCACUGAUAUCAAGGAUCUCCCGGAUAUUUUGUCCCUGGGGCAGAAUGCAUAG